AGAACAUCCUGGAGGAUCUUCGAUUAUCCUGAAAUACGCAGGCCGCGAUGCUACCAAGGCCUAUUCGGAAGUUCAUGCCCCAAGCGUUCUGGCAACGAACUUGCCCCAAGAAAAGCAUAUGGGUGUGCUGGAUGAGUCCACGAUUGAUGACGAAUGGGUCAAGCAGCCACCUACCGAGAACCCCAAAGUAGUCCUUGAUCAUGAGAAGCCACCAUUGCAUACCUUAAUCAAUUCGCACGAUUUUGAGCUGGUGGCGUCAAAGACAGCCAGCAAAAAGACAUGGGCGUUUUACUCCAGCGCCGCAACAGAUCUUAUUACCCGGGACGCCAAUAAGUCUUGCUUCGACCGAAUCUGGUUCCGGCCACGGGUGCUGAAGAAUGUCCGAUCUGUAGAUACGAAGACUAAAAUCCUCGGGGUCGACAGCAGCUUGCCAUUAUUCGUGAGUCCUGCAGCAAUGGCGAAGCUUAUUCACCCCGAUGGCGAGUGCGCUAUUGCUCGAGCUUGUGGAAAUCAAGGAAUUAUGCAGGGAGUAAGCUGGGAAAACUUCCCCAUUGGUUGUUCCUCGUCUUCGGCAAGCUUCUUUUUCCAAUUAUAUGUCAACCGAGAUCGUGAAAAGUCAGCCGCGCUUCUCCGUCAAUGCUCAGCAAACCCUAACGUAAAGGCCAUAUUUGUGACGGUUGAUGCAGCUUGGCCGGGUAAAAGAGAAGCAGACGAACGCGUCAAGGCCGACGAAAGCUUAUCCGUACCGAUGGCCCCAUCCAAAGCGAAGAAUGAUAACAAAGGUGGUGGACUAGGACGUGUGAUGGCCGGUUUCAUUGACCCCGGACUGACCUGGGAGGACUUGGUGUGGGUGCGGCAGCAUACGCAUCUUCCUGUUUGUCUCAAAGGCGUGAUGUCUGCAGACGACGCCAUUUUAGCCAUGGAAGCCGGCCUCGACGGUAUUCUACUUAGCAAUCAUGGAGGGAGAAACCUUGAUACUAGCCCUCCGUCGAUCAUUACACUUCUCGAACUGCAGAAGCGCUGUCCUGAAAUCUUUGACAAGAUGGAGAUAUACGUGGAUAGUGGAAUCAGACGCGGGACCGACAUCUUGAAGGCUAUCUGCUUGGGCGCAACUGCAGUGGGUAUGGGGCGCAGUAUGCUAUUCGCCACCAACUAUGGUCAGGAGGGUGUCGAACAUUUGAUAGAGAGUAAGUGACGAGUCUCUUUCCCUGUACGCUUUGUCUCUCGCCAUCGCUUACCAUACCUUAGUCAUGAGGGACGAGUUAGAAACAGCCAUGCGCAACAACGGGAUUACCACACUAGACGAAGCCGGUCCACAUCUAGUCCACACAGCCGACAUUGACCAC